AUCAAUUUUUGAAAUAAGGGCAUUCAGUGAACAUUCCACACAUGAAAUUGGUUAUUCUGAUUCUAAUCUACCCAUGCACUCUGAUUUUUCAUUCAACCAAGCUGUACCUGCGGUAAGUCGUUUUGAUGACUUGAUAAAUAAUGUGUUGAAUACUGGCAAAUAAUGAUAAGAAAUGUAAACAUAUUAAAGGUGCCCUACAGUCCGUAUGUAAACAAAGCCUUUGUUUACAUUUUUGUGUCCAAAAUAUUGAGCUUUAUUCGACAACUAUUUAUAUUUUCAAGCUUCUAGAGUAUAAUAAAUGAUCAAGAAAAAACAAUCAGGCUUUGCAAGAACCCAAAACAUAGUUAAACUGUUUGUAACAUGCUCCUUUGUGCACAUGCGCAGAUAGGACUGUAGGGCACCUUUAAAGUCCAUAAAAAUUAGAUGUUAUUUUUUUUAAACUAAUGUCCAAAAUGUUCAUAAAAUAUACCCUAUUGUACCCUAUUGUUCAUAAAAUGUACCCUAAAAAUUUUGGCGAGAAAUUUUCCAGAAUGUAGAGAAUUCGUUGAAAGUGGAAGUGUAAAGUCUAAAAUUCUGCUUAUUUCAGAAACGGAUUAUAAGAGAAGGCGAGUCUUUGAGAAUAGGAUUAUAAAAGAGAGAACAUUUUUUAAGGGAUAGUAAGCAGAAGGCUUAUUUCACGAGAUGACUGUUACAGAGUUAUUGUGAGAAUUAUAAAAAGAUGGGGCAUUUUAGAGAAAUAUACUGCGAGAGAAGGCCUUACGUGAGAGGUGGACUUCAUGUCUUUAUUGUAUUUAUUAAAUGUUUAGGUUGCAAUGUUUCAUUGUAUUGAGCAAACGGAAGGUGAAGGUGGCGCCAAUUUAUGGGUAGAUGCUUUCCAUGCAGCAAAUCUCCUUUACGAAGAAGACCCAGAAUUGUUUCAAAUACUGGUCAAUACACCUGUGAUAUUUCGUAAUGUAACAAAGACGCAAGUUGGACACAUGUAUAAUGAGUCUCGUCAUUCUCUAAUCAGGUAA